AUGGUCAACGAGCGGCUCACCACACAUCUCGAGGAAAACGAUCGCUAUCCGCACACCAUGUUCGGCUUCCGCCAGAUGCUUUCCACCCAGGACGUCCUCUUCCAGCUAAAGGAAGAUAUUCUUGACCAUUUGAGCAAACACAGCAAGUCUUCCAUUCUAGCUCUAGACGUAAAGGGCGCCUUUGAUAACGUGAGCCAUAAAGCCAUUCUCCGUAACCUAGAAGAUAUCGGCUGGGGAGCCAAAACAUACGCCUACAUGAGCGCUUUCCUCACCAACCGUACGGCCACGGUGGGGAUUGCCAACCUCCGGAGCAAGGCAUUUCACCUAGCUAACAGGGGUACGCCACAAGGUUCGGUAGUCUCGCCAUUCCUCUUCAACGUGGCCCUCCUCAAACUUCCCCGCCUCCUAGACACCGUCCCAGGGAUAUUCCAUGCUCUAUAUGCAGAUGAUAUCACACUGUGGACGAGAGGCACGAGCACGGGGGAACAGGAUACCCGUCUUCAGGAGGCGGUCAACAUCAUCGAACGAUACCUCAACACCGGCGGCCUCCACUGUGCCACCGAUAAAUCCGAGCUGUUAGUACUCGGGGCACGCACCCGGGGCCGGCCCCCAAGCCACGACGCACCGGACCCACAAGUCCUUCUUCAGGGAGUCCCGAUACCGAAGGUCGACUCACUUCGAAUUCUCGUAGUCCAUAUACACAAGGACGGGUCCGGCUGCGCCACACUCCCUAGGCUACACAACACCGUGGCACAGCUUACUCAUCUGAUACGAUGGGUGGCCAAUCGCCUCAAUGGUCUCAAAGAGCACGACACCUUGCAAAUGGUACAAGCCCUCCUUUACAGCCGCAUUACAUACAGAACUCCUUACCUCAACCUGAAGACAGCCGAGAAACAAAAGCUAGACCUUCGCAUACGAAAGGCCACGAAGCUGGCCCUAGGACUACCGACAACCGCCUCCACUGACCGAUUGCUUCGCAUGGGAGUUCACAACUCCUGGGAAGAACUCGCGGAAGCGCACCUCAUCAACCAAAUCGAGAGACUGAAGCUAACAACCACAGGCCGAGCAGUCCUCCGACGCACAGGAUACGUAACCAACCCAGAACACUAUGACGAAUGUAAGGAAAAGAUCACGUCGAAGCUCCGGGAAUGUCUACAAGUUCUUCAUAUACCUCGAAACAUGCAUCCAGAACACCAUCGAGGCAGACGGCUCGCCAGGGUAAACACCAUCAGAAGCAGGCACCGUAACGACCCGCAGGCGCGCUACGUGGACGCAGCCAAGUAUCCAGGCCGAAAUGCCUUCACCAUCAGCGUCACAGACCACAAGGGUACGACACUGGCGUUGGCGACCAUUCUCGCCAAAGGCGCCGACACAUCUGAGGAGGCCGCUAUAGCACUCGUCGCCCACACAAGUGAGCAUGCCAUAGUGGUCUUCACCGACUCUCAAGCAGCAGCACGUAACUACAUGAAGGGCAGGAUCUCUAUAAAAGCGAUCAACAUACUGAAACGUGGCGACACUCCUCCCCCCUACACCUGCAUCAUGUGGGUUCCGGGACAUGAGGGACUCGAGGGGAAUGAAGCGGCACACGCCGCGGCCCCCGCAAGCGUCAACCGGGCGUCCCCGCACGAGAAUCUAGGCAUGUCCCACCCACCCAAAUCAGCGGAGGAAACAGAAACAAUGCCGCUAACUACUCAAGCACUACUGCAGCAUUAUCGCUUUGGACGCAGGGUAUACCCUCCACCACAUCCAAAACUAACGAGAAACGAAGGCACUGACUACAGGCGACUCCAAAGCAAUACCUUUAUCCAUGGAAGCUUACUGCAUCAUUUCCACCCGACGGUAUACAGCUACACCAGUCCACACUGCAACGUGCCAGACAGCCUGGCGCACCUCCUACUGCAAUGCAAGAAAACCCGAGAAACCAUCACAGCGGCACCACUAGUAGCCCCAGCAGACGCAGACCAAAACUUCCUCGCUGAAACGUGGGAGGCUGCGAUCUCCAAGCCUGACCUGGUUGACCAGCGCAAACUAGUCGCCCGGGCCCGGAGGGCGAUCCAAGCCAGAGGGUUCCUGGAAUAA